AUGAACUUUCCAAGGCCGGCGCCAGGAGGACCGAGAGAGCGACUCACUCCUUUGCUUUCUCUAAACACACAACCCCAAAAUCAAGAUAGACCACUCGACUUGCAGCACCACCUUCCGCUUUCACGCUCAGGAUAUAAUUCGCACUCCAACUCGAACAAUGCAACACACUCUCCGUCAAGCACAUCUUUGUUCAGCAAUGCCCCGUCAAUCUUUUUGAAAACCCCAAAACCACCCAAAGGGAAAAGAGUAGACGCGCCCCACGUUACAGUUGACGUUGGAAGAAGGGUUUCAGGGAACAAUGGGGAUGGGGACCAGUCGACUAUCCGCCCAGAGGUCACGUAUUCUCCACAAGAAGGGCCUCGGCGACCUGCGGAAAUCCCGAUGGGCAACAUGAUUGGUGUCGUCCCACCUGUCUACCCAUCCGCGCCGCGAGAGGAUCCGAUUCAGACUCUUCGGCAGGCAGUCAGCAACAUCUCAAUAGGGUACAGCGCCAAUUCGAAUCAAAGCGGCUCAAUGACACAUUCUCCAGAGGGAUCGUCCAAAUCAUCGCCUGGAUCGUCUGCGACCGGGGGUCACGGCUACCACGGUCUGCCGGAGCCUGGGAAGCCUAAGGAAUUCAACGAUGAGGUUUUUGAGGUGAUCUCGAGGCUGGGAGAAGGUGCAGGCGGGGCGGUACAUCAUGUACGGGACACUCGUGAUGGCUCAAUAUACGCGAGGAAGACGAUCACUACUCGGGAAGUCUCUACGCGGCAGGUUGUGCGGGAGCUGAAAAUAAUCGCGACAACCUCGCAUGUCAACAUUGUUCAAUGUUUCGGCGCCUACAUGAGUCCGUCUAGCUCCGAGGUCAAGAUAAUUAUGGAGUAUUGUGAUGGCCAAAGUUUGGAGGCUAUAGGCAAGAAGUUGAAGGAGCGGAGCGCUAUCAUUGGAGAGAAGAUUGCCGGAAGGAUAGCUGAAGGGAUUCUUCAAGGCCUCACUUACUUGCACUCGAGACGAACAAUUCAUCGAGACAUCAAACCAUCUAAUAUUCUUUUAUCUCGGGAGGGGAUUGUUAAACUAUGUGACUUUGGUGUCUCUGGCGAACUCACGAACGAAUCUUUUCUGGGGACCUUCACUGGAACAUUGGUAUACAUGGCGCCUGAACGAGUGUCUGGUGGUGAAUAUACUAUUCGAGCCGAUGUCUGGUCCGCAGGGAUAUCCCUGCUUGAGCUUGUACAAAAUCGCUUUCCGUUCCCUGCUGAACUCUCAACUAUCGAGUUAAUCUUGACGAUUACUAAUAGCGAGCCUCCAAGCCUGGAAGAUGAUCCUGAAGCGGAUAUUACAUGGAGCGACGAAAUGAAAGAUUUCAUUCGUCAAACAUUAAUCCGCGAACCACGUUCACGUCCUACCCCUCGCGAAAUGCUGGAUCAUCCUUGGAUAAGAAUUGUCAUGAAUCAGGAGGACCAUAUGGCCAAAUGGAUUCGUCAAGUUUGGGGCUGGCCCAAGCCAAGCAAACGUCCUCGUAAAGGCUCCAGCAGAUACGAGAAUAAUGGAGAGGAUGAUGGCGGGAACAUGUCAAAACACUCGACUGGGAGCUCCGUCAGCCCCGCGGAUUGA